ACAGCGCAGCCAGACCGGAGCCGCGUCCUCCCGCAGCCCUUCGCUCAGCCCGACACCUCUGCGGGUUCGCAACCUGGGGGGGACCUAAACCCCCCGCUCCCGGAAUCACUGUGGGGUGCAGCAGGCACGGGGGCGACGGUGACAGGGUGGCAGCAACCGGAUGCAGCUGCAAUGGGGUGCAAUACGGGCUGGGCGCAGUGCUGAUGGGCACCGGCUACGGGGUGCAGCACGGACAGGGUGUAGCCGGGGGGAGCGAUAUUAAUGGGGCGGCACCGCCUUGGGCUGCAGUACCGGCGGGGCGCGGUAGUGCAGGCGGGCGAGAGGCGUGGGCGGUCAGUCAGCUGAUGCGGACGGCAUCAUGUGAGCGGGGCCGGGCCGGGAGAGCUGCUCUGUGCUUGGUGCUGCGGCGGCAGCGAUGGAGGCGAUGGUACUGAGCGGGCUGGCCCUGGCCCUGGCGCUGCCCUCCGUGGCCCUGGAGAACGGGCUGGCGCGCACUCCCCCCAUGGGCUGGAUGUCCUGGGAGAGGUUCCGCUGCAACGUGGACUGCCAGGCGGAUCCCCGCAACUGCAUCAGCGAGCAGCUCUUCUUCGAGAUGGCAGACCGGCUGGCAGAGGACGGCUGGAGGGAGCUGGGCUACGAGUACAUCAACAUCGAUGACUGCUGGUCUGCCAAGCAGCGGGAUGCGGCCGGACAGCUGGUUCCCGACCCCAAGAGAUUUCCCAGCGGAAUUAAGGCUCUGGCUGACUAUGUCCAUGCCAGGGGCCUGAAGCUGGGCAUUUAUGGUGACCUGGGCAUCUUCACCUGUGGGGGCUACCCAGGCACCAUGUUGGAAAACGUGAAGCAGGAUGCCCAGACCUUUGCAGCGUGGGGUGUGGACAUGCUGAAGCUGGAUGGGUGCUACUCGUCCGCAGAGGAGCAGGCAAAGGGAUACCCAGAAAUGGCGAGGGCAUUGAACGCCACAGGCCGCCCCGUUGUUUACUCCUGCAGCUGGCCAGCAUACCAGGGAGGUCUUCCCCCCAAGGUGAACUACACCAUCCUGGCAGAGAUCUGCAACCUGUGGCGUAACUAUGACGACAUCCAGGACUCCUGGGACAGUGUCCUUUCCAUUGUGGACUGGUUCUUCACAAACCAGGACGUGCUGCAGCCGGCAGCUGGCCCCGGCCACUGGAACGACCCGGACAUGCUCAUCAUUGGAAACUUUGGCCUGAGCUACGAGCAGUCACGCUCCCAAAUGGCUUUGUGGACAGUGAUGGCAGCUCCGCUCCUCAUGUCCACGGAUCUCCGCACCAUCUCCCCCAGUGCCAAGGAGAUCCUGCAGAACCACCUGAUGAUCCAGAUCAACCAGGACCCCCUGGGAAUCCAGGGGCGCAGGAUUGUCAAGGAGAAAUCCCAGAUCGAGGUGUUUCUGCGCCCACUGUCGCGGGCUGCCAGCGCCCUUGUGUUCUUCAGCCGGAGGACAGACAUGCCCUUCCGCUACACUACCAACCUGGCCAAGCUCCACUUCCCUGAGGAUGCUGUGUAUGAGGUACAAGACGUGUAUGUCGGGAAGAUCGUUGGGGCCUUAAGAACAGCAGACAACUUCUCAGUCGUUAUUAACCCCUCGGGGGUGGUGAUGUGGUAUCUCCGUCCCAUGGCACUCCCGCUACAACUCUGGCAUGUUGCCAGACAGCAGGUCCCUGGUGAGGGUUUCCACCCAGCCCUUCUGUGACAGGGCCCAGUGGGUGUGGACCAGUGCCAGGGUGAACUGUGAGACCCCAAGGCACGUGGCUCUUCACUGCACAAGUGCCUUUUGCUGGUGAGCCCAGCAAUGCUGGGCAGCGACCAUCCCCUGGUACCAGCUUGAUGAUGCCUGCUCCGUCUGCAUAAACCAGGAAUUCUUGUUACCCACUGCCUAAGGGUGUACAGAGCGUAGUGCCUCUGUGAUUGCAAAGCCUUUUGAGAUCCUCCUGUGGAAGAUGCCAUACAAGCAGAGGCCACCACUACUGAAGUUUGUCAGCUCUGACACCUGAGAACUUCAUUGCUUUUGAGCUGGGUACUGCUGGAUGCUGCAGGGGCUGUUUGAACUACAUGCGUAGAAAGGCUUUGGGUGCUUUAGUAUCUCCGAGGGUUGUGACAUCCCCUUUCCCCCCAGGUGUGUGAUGGCAUUAACCUUAAGGAUCAGACUUGGUCACCUUCUUUCUUUUGCUGUAAUCAGCUUCGUUUAGAAUAAGGACUGCAUCCCUCCCACAUAUCCCCACCAGGACCAAGAGCUCUUGGAGGCAUAAUGGCCCUGUGCAGUGAGGCUUUGCUUGCAGGCCUGAUCCUGCUGCCAUGAUUCCAGAGGCCAGCACUACUGUACCCUAGUGUGUGUGCUAGCACUGUAUUAAAGCCCCUCUGGUAGAAGUUUACAGCAGAGCAAAAAUCUCCAUGAGCCAUGCACAACCCCAGGAGCCGUGCUGUGGUACACACCAAAAACUGCAGAGCCAUAGCACAUUGUGUAGGAGUGCUGGCAGGAAGAUGCUGAUACUCAGCUGAGGUGGUCGUUCGGCUUGGGAGUUGGUCACAGGUGCCUCCAAGCUGAAAGCUGCAUCCUUCUUUCUCUAGAAGGAAAUUUCUGCUAAAAGCAAGAUCAGUUCCUACUUCAGCAGGCUCAAAGCUCAGGGUGUCUCAGGGAAAGGCUUCUUCUCCCAAGGGCCCUUGCAUCCACAGCUCUAUCCUGAGGAACCACCUGCACUAAUAAACUGGAAAUGAGUGUCAGGUCACUCUAAAGCUCUCAACUGCUUCACCUUCAUACAGCAGACUACCUAUGGAGGAGUUCUAGGUGACACAAGACUAAGCCUCAGACUGGGGAAAUACCACAUUUUAGAUUAUGAAAAAAAAAAAUUCUAUUUUUAUUCAGCUGUGGGCAGCUUCCUGGUCAUCUAUCCACUCUGGUUCCUGAAGGACCAAAUGGUUGAUUCUGGACCCUUCCAGAAACUUUCUCUGAGGUGCAGGGUCAAGAUACUGAACACAAUGCUUGCAGUUCUAAUAAGGGAGGACUUGCCAACAAAACAAGGAGCUGGCUUUGUUCUUAGGGAGUGAUUGAGGCAGAGUGAUUGAAAUAAAGGCAAGUAGAUCAUA